CUCCCCGCCUCCUCCCUCUCGCGCACUUGGCUUUCCUGUCUUCGCUUCUCCGCAAAUCCCGAUACAAUGUUCGGCGCCCUCUGUCGGCAGUCGGCCGUGCUGGCAGCGCCCGGCCGGGCCGCUUCCCUUCGGGCUGUGCGCUCGGCCUUGGCCACGCGUGCGGCCAGCUCUGCGUCCAAUGUCCCGCCACCGGACCCGGCCGAUGAGGACACCCCACCCGCCGGGGGCCGAUCCUCACUGUCCAGCAUCGUCAAUGGGAUCUCCUUCUCGCCGGUCAACACCCGGACCUUCGAUUAUCGCCCGGUCGAUGUGGACUACACCCAGGCUCGCGGGGCUUCCGAGGGCGAGGAGGACCCCGACGAGGUGAUCCCCUCGGCCGAGGAGGACUUCCAUGGGGCCGAUGCGGCGGGCCACUUUUUCAACGAGAACUUCCACGAGUCCAUGUUCACCGAGGGCGGCACCACCCCCGGAGCUGGGGGCGCAUUGCAAACGGUCCGCCGCGGGCCCACCCGCAUGGAACUUCUCCUCCGCCAGAGUGCCGAAGAUGGCGAGGGCUACGACUCGGAUGAGGACGAUGAGUUUCAGAUUGUCAACGCCAUGGAGCUUGCCUUCAAAUCCGGCGACCUUGCCUUUCGGACGCGCCAGCAGGAGGAUGUCAUUCGGGCGCGCGUCAACAUCUUGAACUUCCUUGCCACCUUCGAUGCCUUGGUUCGGGCAGUCCCGUCGGAGGCCGAGCGCCAACGUCUCCGGAAGAAGUACCACCACGAUUUGUUGGCCUUCAACGAUGCCCUCCUCCGGUUGCUACGCUACCGGAUGAGCGAGUGACAUAUGCCUCCCCUUCGGGUGUCCGUGUGGCGAGGAGGGAAAAAGGUAAACCUCCGCCAAAUAGAUCCUUUACACGUAUA